AUGGGUAUUCCAAACCACAACCUCGAUGGCCUGGAGCAACGGCGGCUCGCUCUCGAAGACAACAUCCUCCAGCUGCAGAAAUCCCUCUACCACUGGCGAAUCUGGGAAGCGGAGUACGACGGCCUACGAGAAGAACUGAACAAUCUAGACAAUGAUGCGACUACAGAGGAUUUCCUUGCUGCCGGCCGCGAAUAUGGUGCAUCAUUAGUGACUGAGGAGGAACUCCAGACAAUCUUAGGACUCGGACGGCCAGGCAUUACGCGCUCCCGCGGACAGGUCGUGGAUCUUUUAGGGAGACGUAUCGACUAUGUCAAGCAGAAUUUGACCACUAUGGAAAAGACACUGCGGUCUGCUCAGGACGAAUUAUCUGCGCUAGAUCCUACCAGCCCUGCGACAGCAGAUAGCGGUGCUCCCAUGCGCGAGAUCAUGGAGGAACUCGACGAGGAAGGGAAAAUUAUUUCUAGCUCGGUCAACAACCCAGGAGAUCAUGCGACACAGCUCCUGGAAACUUUGAAGAAGGCUGGCGUCGAAGACAUCCCUGAAAAUUCUGCUGCAGCUGACAGCGCCUCUGCGUCCGCUUCUGCGGAACCCGAACAAGAUGCCAAAGAUACGGAUACGACUGAAGAUCAGAAGACCGCCAAAAAUGAUGACUGCACACCUGCCCCUGAGCUGAACGAAGUAACACAGGAUGUCGACAUAGAUCCAAUGCACCCCGUGUCUCUUGUCACUGCCGAGGAUCGUAAACAACCGCCGGUUACCGAUAUCGACGAAUCCCCCGAAGAAGCUAAACUUCGCCGAGAAAUGUUGCAAUAUGGCAUUGAUGAAGUGGGUGCGAUUGUCGCUGAAUUGGAAUUAGAUGAAGAUGGUAGCGAAUUCUCAUUUGACGAAGAUGAUUUCGAUGAAGAGGAUAACGAGGACGAGUUUGGCCGAUCGUAUCCUGUGCUCUCCGACGAGUAUCACCAACAGAUGAGGGAGCUAGAGGCAAAACUCAACGCUCGUGGGAUGUUCAAUAUGGGCAAAGACACUAAUACAUUCCCGGAUGAUGUGCGACAAGAAAUCGAACAAUCUGCCGCCGCGGAAGAGAGCGUUGCGACCAAUGGCAAUACUGACACCAAGGACAAGAAAGUCAAGAAGAGGGUCGCCUUUGCCGAUGAUCUUGAUAUUGCCCCAGCUCCUGAGUCUGUUGCAGUUGAGAAGAAGGAGGUUCCUUUACCACGGGCAGAUAUUCCAGUACUCUCCGAUGCUAUUGUUGAACGCACAGGAGGACCACAGGCAGAGCCUCGUGCGGCUUCAGCUGCUGCUCCCAACAAAGUUUCGCGAUUCAAGAGUGCUCGAGCAGCCGCUCCCGCUGGUGAUUCACCCGCGGCAUCGCCAUUUCCUCCCCACCCCACUCAACCUGUCAGUAUUCACGCCACUCGAGCGCAGACCAAUGCUAUACCGUCUACAACACCCCCGGCUCUUUUCCCAGCUAGGCCACAAGAGCCUAAACCGUUCUCCCUGCCCAUCUUGGAUGCGCCUAUUGAACGUUCUGUGCCUCGACCGCCCGAAGGAAAAACCUUGGCUGAUAAGCUGGUUGAAAGAGAAAUAGCUCCUGGGUCAGCCGCCGCCCCUGAGCCCGAUGAGCUCGACGAGGAAAUCCAUCGUCGCGAGAUUGCUUCGGAAUUUUAUAGAAUACGGAACAGCAAAAUCCAGCAACAAGGAGGAUUUGUCAACACCGAAGAGCCUGAGUUUGAACCUAUCGAAGAGCCGACCAAACGAGUCAGCAAGUUCAAGGCAGCUCGACUGAGAUGA